GCUCCACACCGUUAAUAUUAUAGAUCCAUGCUCCACACUGACCAGCACAGACACGGACUCCACUUGGUUUGGUUGUUUUUCAACUCUCAACCUAUUUGCACUGAUGCGAUCCAAAAACUUCAGGAAAUGGAGAUGAAUAAGCGCUGAAAACUUCCCCUCCUGCAAGGAUGUGGACCUCUGCACAUCAACAAGGCGAGCACAACAGGAUGAAGACAAACAUAUGGACACAUCCACUACACUGGAGCCUGCUGUUGUUUUGUAUAGUAAACCUCGGCAUCCAGAUAGUGUCCAGUGGCAACCAACGCUCCAGGGGACAGAUGGGGUCAUCACAGGAUAGGACAGGAACAUGUGAAGUAGUUGCUGCUCAUCGGUGCUGCAAUAAGAAUAAGAUUGAAGAGCGCUCUCAAACAGUCAAGUGUUCCUGCUUCCCUGGACAGGUAGCAGGGACAACAAGAGCUCUGCCCUCUUGUGUUGAAGCCUCCAUUGUGCGUCAGAAGUGGUGGUGUAAAAUGGAACCGUGUCUGGAGGAGGAGGAGUGCCGAGUUCUGCCUGACCUCACUGGCUGGUCAUGCAUCUCUGGGAACAAAGUGAAGACCACAAAGGUGGCACGAUAGCACAAGUGAAGCUCCCUGUAAUGAACGUGAGCCACGCCUGACCUGCUGCAGGGAACACGAGUAACAACGGGCUCCUGUCAGAUGGAUAUUAUAUAUGUACAUAUAUAUAUAUGUGUGUGU